CCUGAGCAGUACACGUCAUGAAGAGCAACAUGCGCAGAUAAUACUAUAAUUGUAUAUAUUUUGGACGCAAAAAUUAACAGAAUGCACCAAAUAUUACAAUAAUAGCAUUAGAAGACAAUCCUGUUAAUAAAUAUUACGUGAAAUUCUGUCUUAAUGUCAAUGGGGAAAAUCACUCACAGGCAUAUCACAAGACUACCUGCUCCAUUUGACAAAGCGUAGCUAGCACAGUUCCAGUGAUUGCCUGUGCUUCGGUCUGGCCCUGUUGACGUUUAACAUUUUAUCUCUAGAUUUGCUUUAAAACAUUCACAAUGCCCACAAUUAAACUGCAAAGCUCAGAUGGAGAGAUCUUUGAGGUGGAUGUGGAGAUAGCAAAGCAGUCUGUUACAAUAAAGACAAUGCUGGAAGAUUUGGGUAUGGAUGAUGAAGGAGAUGAUGAUCCAGUCCCCCUCCCGAAUGUGAAUGCAGCCAUCCUCAAGAAGGUGAUCCAGUGGUGCACCCACCAUAAAGACGACCCCCCUCCCCCCGAGGAUGACGAGAACAAGGAGAAGAGGACGGACGACAUUCCCGUCUGGGACCAGGAAUUCCUCAAAGUGGACCAAGGGACCCUCUUCGAACUCAUUCUGGCCGCAAACUACUUGGACAUCAAAGGACUGCUAGAUGUCACCUGCAAGACGGUGGCCAACAUGAUAAAAGGCAAGACCCCAGAGGAGAUCAGGAAGACGUUCAAUAUCAAAAAUGACUUCACAGAGGAGGAGGAAGCCCAGGUACGCAAGGAGAACCAGUGGUGUGAAGAGAAAUGAAGGAGGAUCAUGCCAACACUAACACACUGAAAGGAUUGUUCCAUUAACUGGUUGCACUGCGCUGUUCAUACGUGUUAAUAUUACAUUUAAUCUAUUAGAGUGCCCCCCAUGUACUCCAUAGCAUGACCAUUUCUAUUGCUUGUGCAAAGUAAUACAAAAAGCUAUUUCAUGUUUUUACAAAUGUUACUUCACAUAUUCACAUGAGAUGCAUAGUCUGGUCUUUACAAUUUAACUCCUUUUUUCAAUAGCUAUAGUUGUCUUUUUUUACCGAAUAUCUUUUUCUUUUCUUUUUGAGUCAACUGAAUAAAUAGCUUUUUUUGACUGAAAUGAUAGCGCAGUGCAGAAUUUUGUAAAUGCAGCCUCUUCUGUGCUGUCUUCUUAAAGUCAUGAUAAGGAGACAAGCUGUCGUAGGAGAUUUGAAGUGGGGAUAAACAUGUCAAAAUGUCCUGUGGAUUGGGAGUGCUUGUCGAAGACGUAGAUGUGUGCGAUCUGUUUGUCACUCAACUUAGGGUGUUUACCUAGCUUAGUACUAUUGGAAUAUUUCCUCAGUUCUGCUCUGAAGAUGACAUUUAGGGUUAACAACCAUUGAAUUCCAGGAGUUAAUAAAUUACUUAAAAUAA